ACGAGAGCAAAUCCCUAAUUAGGAAAAACUCCCAAGAUCACUCACUCACUCGUCACUCGCCCGCGCCCUCGUGGUUCGUCGUCAGUUCUUACCUAGCCGCUGCCUCGCCAGUAUCUCGUCCGCCGUUCGGCAUCAGGCGGAGAAGCCCUGGUCGAACUGCGUGGUGGUCCAUCCUUUCAUCUGUUUCGCGCUUCCAUUGUCUGUGUACAGGGCCUCCGCCGUUCGUCUGUCGCCAGCCACCCUCUGUCCCAACCGCUUGAACUUCAUCCGAAGCAGUGAUCAAUCCAAGUUCAUGGAGAUGGAACCAGAAACGCUGGUUACCUCCUCCGGUGGUCAAGAUGGGAGCCACUCAGAAAGGCCUAGUGAGCCGAGCAGCUCGAGUACUGUUGCCCGGGUAAAGAAACUUUUGUUUAGGCAAGUGCUGGUGGGAAUUAAGGACGGGCGCUUUUUCAUGGGGACUUUCCACUGCAUGGAUAAGCAAGGCAACAUAAUCCUUCAAGAUGCAGUUGAAUACCGCAGCACCCGGCGCAACUCUCCUUCCCCGAUGGAACAACGAUGCCUCGGUUUGAUUCUCAUCCCUUUCUCCUGUCGAACAUCUUGUCAUGUAGAGUGCCCAAUCGAGGAACAAAUGUCUCUGAUGACAAUCCAGGAGUAGAGAGCAUUCUUCGGUUUUACAAUCUAGAAUGGUAUUACCUUACUUUUUCCUUAAAACUUGUUUACCAUAAGAAUGUUUUUCGACCAUCAGUAAUGAGGAAAUAGAUCCUAUUCAGAUCUAGUGUACAUCCAGAUAGUGUGGGAUAAGCCGAUUCUUUGUUAUUGUGGGACAGAUGAAUAGAGAACUGUGGUGUGCUUUGGAUGGAUGUCAAAUGUAUGAUUUAAGGAUGAACAAGAUGGAUUUGAAUAGUUACUUUCUGGGGCU